AUGAAAGCUGCCGGCAAUGCUGCAAAGCAGCCUUCAACCGGUGUCAAACAAUCGUCUCCAUCGAAAUCACCAAAAGCGAAAAGUAAAAAAACUGAUGGCCCACCAAAGGAAGUGGCAACUCAAAUUGAGUCUGAAAAGAAGCCGAACGUGAAAGUGGAGAAAAAGAAAGAUACUCCAGCCCAUACUCCCGAAAACAAAGAAGACAAAGUAAAGACGCCAACAAGACCCGGCGAUACGUUGGAGUCACUGGAGGAUAGCCUUAGACACGCUCGUUAUCAUAAGAAAGGCUCGGUUGUGCACAGCAGAGUAGUCGCUAGUUUGACGUUUGAAGCAGCUGCUCAGCAUCGACGUUGA